AUGAAUCGACGCGUUCUAUGCGAUAGUCUAAUCCAAUGGAUGAAAACAUUCGAUUUGAAUCGACCGAUCAAUGAAGCCGAUGAUCUAUCUAAUGGUGUUAUUAUUGCAAUGUCACUCAAAAAUAUAGAUGCCAAUCAUUUCAAUGAUACAUGGCUACAAAAGAUCACUAUUAAUGAAAAAGAUAAUUAUCGAAUUAAGAUACUCGGUCAGCCAAUAGUAAACUUUCAAAUGCCCGAUGUGUAUAUGAUCGCUGAAAGUGCAGAUGAAGUAGAACUCAGUCGACUGUUACAACUUGUUCUGGGUUGUGCUGUCAAUUGUGAACGAAAACGAUGUUAUAUAGAACAUAUUAGAUCCAUGGAAGAAUCUGUCCAACAUAUACUCAUGAAUGCUAUUCAAGAGCUAAUGAAUCAAGAGUAUCAAAUGACCAAGGAGAGACAUCCAGAACUUGAAGAUCAAUUGAAACACGUUUUGGAAGAACUCAAUCAUACAAUCAAAGUCAAAGAUGAAAUCGAAAAUCAUUGUCAUGAACUGGAUCGACAGAUUGCUGUACUUCAAAAUGAUAAUUUGGAUUUAAUACAAGAAGUAACAUGUCUAAAUGAACGUAUUCAACAAUAUGAAAGAGCCAAAAAUGCUGAAGAGGCAUCAUAUAUUUGUUUCAAUAAUUUACAACAACAACGUAUUCAAUCACAACAAGAUGAAAUAUCUGAACUCGAAAUAAGUACAUUCGAUCGUUUCAAGACUGAACUAGAAUCGACUAUUGAUGCAUACAAGACAAGAUUAGAGGAUAUGAUUGAUUUACAAAAACAAGCGAAAUAUCUCGAAGAAACCAAUUUCCGUCUAAUGGAUGAAAAAUCAAAUCUCGAACAUGAAUAUAAACAGACAAAAUUAUUACAAACUCAAAUCGAAUUUCAUAAAAAAAUCAAUCAGACAUUGAAUCAGAAAAUUAGUGAAAUACAAAUUACGGUUGAUAAUAUCGUACUUGAACGAAGACAUGCAGCAGAACUUCUCGAUCUAGUUACUGCAGAGAAAGAGAGUCUAAUGAAUGAAAUUAAAUUGUUGCGAAAAGCAAAUAAAAACUUACGUAUUAUUAGUUUUGAUGAUGGUAAUAUUAAAUGUAGUAACGAUUGUAUAGAUGAUCGAUCGAUUCAUUUAGAUGUUGUUCAAACAAAUUCACAAGAUCAAUUUACUGUAUCACUUGAAGAUCUCAAAAAUUUGAAUUCACCUGCCGAUGUCAGGAAACAUCUUAUUCAUUCACUACAGGAAGAAAAUCAUAGCGAACAGAUCUUACUACUUGAAGCCGAUUAUCAACAACUCAAAGAUCAAAAUAAUCAAUUAACCAAUGAUUUAUGGAUGGCAAAUCAAAAAAUUCUCGAAUUGAAUGCAACACUCAAAGAUACAACGACACUUGUGGAUAACAGUACUGAAGUGGCCGAUUUGAAAAAAUCGCUCAAUUAUGCUAUGUCUCAGUAUGAACAGGAAUCUAUUCGAAUGCAAAGUCAAAUAAAUGAAUUAAAACAAAAAUUAGAAAUGAUCGAACAACAACUGACAGAAAAGGAUGCAUUGCUAAUGAAGAAAGCUGAAGAAAUCGAUGCUUUAGAAAAAUAUUAUCUUCAAUAUUUAGAAAAGGCUAAGAUGAUCAUACGUCAAAUGGAUCCACAUAGUAGUCAUUCUUUUAUCAAUCGCAAGGUACAAUCAUUACAACAACAACUUGAUGAAAAAAACCGACGUUUAUGCGAACUUGAAAAAAAAAAUAUGAGAAAAUACAAAUUGCCCGUGAUGAUCGAAGGAAAUGACUGA